AUGGCGGAGCCCGUGAGGAGACGGGGCUGUCCCAGAGGUGGUGGCGUCGGCCGAAGGGCUCGGGGAUCCCGGGGCGGCCGGAGCCGACGUCCUGGCGCCCAGCGAUCCCCAGCUCGACGCACCUUGGACUCGGUGCUCGUGGACUUGGUCAGCGACAGCGAUGAGGAUGUCUUGGAGGUCGCAACCGCGCGCGGCGCUGCGGCCGCGGCCGAGGUCCCGCUCCCCGAAUCCCCCGUGCCGGCCGCGUCCCGGGACGACAGCGACAGUGACAGCGAAGGGGCGGACGCAGAGCCGGGUGGAGCCCCUCGGGUCUUGGUCAGGCGGCGGCGGCGGCUGCUGCUGGAUCCUGGGGAGGCACCGGCGGUUCCAGUGUACUCGGAGAAGGUGAAAAGCAGCCUCCACCUUAUCCCAGAUAACGUGUCCCUCCUGAAAUUAUGUCCCCCAGAGGCUGAGGAAGAGGCAGACGUGGAGGAUGCCAGCAGUCCCCACACAGUGGAUUUCCCAUGUCCCAGUUCUCCCUGGAAGAAGAAGCUGAGGAGUAAGGAUGGAGAAGAGAAGAAAAAGAUGUUACUGGCUCAGGACACCUCACCUUUGCCCUCACCUCUGCCACGGACCAAAAGCAAGAAGCAUACUCAGGCACUCCGGAAGUUAAGGGAGGUGAACAAGCGUCUCCAAGAUCUCCGUUCCUGCCUGAGUCUCAAGCAAUCCCAGGGCCAAGACCACCUGAGCCAAGAGGAUGAGGUGGUCCUAGUGGAGGAGCCCACUCUCUCAGAGCACCCUCGACUCUUGCCACUCAAAAUCCGUUGCCGAGCUGACCUGGUCAGGUUGCCCAUCAGAAUGUCGGAGCCCCUUAAGAGUGUGGUGGACCACAUGGCCACCCACCUUGGGGUGUCCCCAAGCAGGAUCCUCUUGCUAUUCGGAGAGACAGAGCUGUCCCCUACCGCCACCCCCAAGACCCUAAAGCUCGGCGUGGCUGACAUCAUUGACUGUGUGGUUCUAGCAAGUUCUCCAGAGGCCGCAGAGACGUCGCAACUGCUCCAACUUCGGGUCCAGGGCAAAGAGAAGCACCAGACGCUGGAAGUCUCGCUGCCUCACGAUUCUCCUCUCAAGACCCUCAUGUCCCGCUACGAGGAGGCUAUGGGACUCUCCGGCCACAAGCUCUCCUUCUUCUUUGAUGGGACGAAGCUUUCAGGGAAGGAGCUGCCGGCUGACCUGGGCAUGGAAUCUGGGGACCUCAUUGAGGUCUGGGGCUGA